GAAGCGAUCCCCUUCCGUCCCUAUCGACCCGCCCUCGCCGCCAUCCCCGUCGCGCUAGCCGCCAGUCCCCGGCGAUGGCUCCGUACAUUCUGCGUUCCGCCGUCGCCAUCCUCCGCCGAUCGACCCCGCAAGUGUCGGACGUCCUCCGCCGCUCCAGCCCCCGCUCCUUCUCCGGUGGUGCUCUGAGAGUUGAAGCCACAAAGGGGUGCUGCAUGGACAAGGAUAUGGAAAAGCUUGCUGCAGACUUGCGUGAAGUGAAUGCGCAACUCGAUUUUCUGUUGGAGCAGGAGAGACGCUUCGAGCGUGGCCAGGAGCUGCAAAAGAAGCUGUCGUGCGUCCUUGUUCCUGCCACCAUCGCAUUCUACAUCUUUGGCCCGAAGAAGAAGGGUAAGCCGUCAGAGGAGGAGCAACCAGACAUUUAGCCUUGUGCGUAUCCAUGUGCAUAUGCCGUAGCUUCGUGUACUGAACUAUGUUAUGUAGCCUUUUAUAGCGGUGAAUCUAACUGUGUGGUGAUAGUUGUCUCUAACGAGAGCGUGUGCACAAUCUGCUGGGGAGUAUUCAGGCGGCUGUGCUUGCUCACAGGUCACAGCCAUGGAAACUUAGGGUGCCUCUUGAACUUGGAGCUUGGCUAGUGGUAUCUUGACAAGGAGAAUCCUGUUUUGUGGUAUCUUGACAAGGAGAAUCCUAUGUAGUAGUAGCAUUAGGAAGACAAGGAUUUUGUUCCAAGUUUGUGCUUCGAGUGCUGGUUUGAAACAAGCUUGCAAUGUGAGUACUGGCUGGAAUGGAAUGGCCUUGUGCAUUACUAAGUUCGCUA